CCCCACUUCUCCAGAACAUUCACUCACUGACAAUAUCCCACCUUCAACACUUAACUCCUGUAUAUAGUCCUCCCCUGUCUCCAGUUUCGUCGCACACAGUUCUCAGAUAAAUACUAAACUCACUGUUAAAACUUUCUCAACAAAGCUUCCUGUUUCUCUACAAAUGGCAUCUGCUCUCGCUCUUAAGAGACUCCUAUCAUCCUCCAUCGCUCCACGUUCCCGUAGUGUUCUUCGUCCAGCUGUUUCCUCUCGCCUCUUCAACACCAACGCCGUUAGGAGCUACGACGACGACGGCGAAAAUGGAGACGGCGUUGAUUUAUAUCGCCGCUCUGUUCCUCGCCGCCGUGGUGAUUUCUUCUCAGAUGUGUUUGAUCCGUUUUCGCCGACGAGGAGCGUUAGUCAAGUGCUGAAUCUGAUGGACCAGUUCAUGGAGAAUCCUCUGUUAUCAGCUACUCGUGGCAUGGGAGCUUCAGGAGCUCGUCGUGGUUGGGAUAUAAAAGAGAAAGACGAUGCUCUGUACCUGAGAAUCGACAUGCCUGGGCUGAGCAGAGAGGAUGUGAAGCUGGCUUUGGAGCAGGACACUCUGGUGAUUAGAGGAGAAGGAAAAAACGAGGAAGAUGGUGGCGAGGAAGGAGAGAGCGGUAAUCGGAGAUUCACAAGCAGGAUUGGAUUACCGGAUAAGAUUUACAAGAUCGAUGAGAUUAAGGCGGAGAUGAAGAACGGAGUGUUGAAAGUUGUGAUCCCGAAGAUGAAAGAACAAGAGAGAAAUGAUGUUCGUCAGAUCGAGAUCAACUAAAAACGUCGACGUUUUUUUCUGUUCUAGUUUUGUUGAUAGGUCUUUGAAUAAGAAGUGUGUGUAGUUUGGCACGGUCGAUGUUGAGUCAUGUAGUCUCUAAAGACUAAAAGGUUAUAUGUUUCUUUCUUGAGACGGUGGUUUUUUGUCUUGCUUAAACCAAAAUUUGCAUUCCAAAUCAAAGCACUAAUUAAAUAAGUUCCUAAUCGUGUAUUCUUUUAGCUAACUCGGUCGGUUUACAUGCCUUUGUGGUUA